AUGCCUUUCACUCUCGAGCUCCCCGACCAGUACAGCCUCGUCCUCGUGGUUGCGACAUCCACCUUCUUCAUCAACUCCCUCCACGUCCAGCUCACCAGCAAGUACCGCAAGGCCAGCGGCCUCAAGUAUCCCAUCCCUUACGCCAGUAACGAGCUGGCCGAUAAGGACCCCAAGGCCUAUCAGUUCAACUGCGCCCAGCGUGCCCACUCCAACUUCACCGAGAACCAGACCUCGUUCCUUGGAGCUCUCCUGGUUACCGGCCUGCGCUACCCCGUCGCCGCAGCCGCCAUCGGCGCCGGCUGGGCCGUCUCUCGAGUUGUCUAUGCUUUGGGUUAUACCUCCGGCCAAGGCCCCAAGGGACGCAUGAUCGGUUCCAUCGGAUCCUUCCUCUCCGACUCUAUUCUGAAGCUCAUGGCUGGUUACGUCGCCGUCAUGUUUGCUCUGGGCGAGCAAUAG